AAUAUCUGCAGGUCUCACUUCUCUUCGUCAGUCCGUCGAUAAUAAUCUCAUAGUGGAUGAGAAAGGUGCAUCCCAAGAAUCCGGAACCAGCAACAAAAUGAAAAGAGAGAGGAAGGCAGCACGAACAUUAGGAAUCAUUGUGUCUGCUUUUUUGGCUUGCUGGUUGCCAUUUUUUCUAUGGUAUGUGAUCACAAGUCUCUGCGGUGCGGAACUCUGCUACAGUCCUUCCUGGGUCGUCACCCUAGUUUUCUGGGUGGGCUACUUCAACUCCGCUCUCAACCCCUUAAUCUACGCAUACUUCAACAGAGAAUUCAGGGUAGCGUUCAAGAAAACCCUCCAGAAUUGUUGCCAGUUCUCCACGCGAAUGAUGUGCUGGAAAUAUUCUGCUGCAAGAAGAGAACCACCAAUGACGUAUAGUAAUGUGUCAAGUGAGAUGCCUGGGACCAAUUACUUGAGAGCCGAGGCUGUCAUACAGCGGUUCAAUAAUAUGUCCGAACAAGAAGUUGUUAAUUUUCACCAAAAUGAAGAUAUUAUCUGAAAUGACUGAAAUAAACCCGCUCAAAAUACCUAAGGCUGACAAAUCAGAGUUAUUACAUAUUUUAGCGAUACCUAACGAUACCAAUUUAUUUAACGUUCACAUAUCAUACGUAUAUUUUGAUCAUUAUCGAGAGAAUUGACAUGUUCACGAACAAUUUUCCCAACUGAAUAAAAAUCCACGUAUUCAUCAUGUUUGAUAGUCUCAAAUUUCUUCAUUCAUUCGGGUAUUCAAUGAUCCAGAGUUGAAGAGCAGCAAGUAGGGAGGUUAUAUUCAGCUUCCAUAAUAAGCCCCAAUCACAAUGCACCAGAUUGAAUUUGGAAUGGAAUGAUGCAUCAUUCUGUGAUACUUUCAGA